GGUGCGCCAGAACUACCACCAAGACUAAAGGCCGCCAUCAACCGCCAGAUCAACCUGGAGCUCUACGCCUCCUACGUUUACCUGUCCAUGUCUUACUACUUUGACCGCAAUGAUGUGGCUUUGAAGAACUUUGCCAAAUACCUUCUUCACCAAUCUCAUGAGGAGAGGGAACAUGCUGAGCAACUGAUGAAGCUGCAGAACCAAGGAGGUGGCCAAGUCUUCCUUCAGGAUAUCAAGAAACCAGACUGUGAUGACUGGGAGAGCGGGCUGAAUGCGAUGGAGUGUGCGUUACAUUUGGAAAAAAAUGUGAAUCAGUCACUACUGGAACUGCACAAACUGGCCACUGACAAAAAUGACCUACAUUUGUGUGACUUCAUUGAGACACAUUACCUGAAUGAGCAGGUGAAAGCCAUCAAAGAAUUGGGUGACCACGUAACCAACUUGCGCAAGAUGGGAGCACCCGAAUCUGGCUUGGCAGAAUAUCUCUUUGACAAGCACAUCCUGGGAGACAGUGAUAAUGAAAGCUAAGCCUCAGGCUAAUUUCCUCAUAGCUGUGGGGUGACUUCCCUGGUCACCAAGGCAAUGCAUGCAUGUUGGGGUUUCCUUUACAUUUUCUGUAAGUUGUACCAAAACAUCCACUUAAGUUCUUUGAUUUGUACCAUUCCUUCAAAUAAAGAAAUUUGGUACCAAAAAAAAAAAAA